GAUAUAGUAAACCAACAGUUACUUCAAUCUGUGACAAACUUUGUUCCCGUUUUUUCUCCAGGUGUGUUUGGCGUUGAAUCAGUGUCAGUGAUGGAGGGAGAAUAUGUUACUCUACGCACUAAUGAUGCUGAAAUACAUGAAGGUGACUACAUGCUGUGGGAUUUUGGAGCUAAAAAAGAUCCCUUUGCUCGAAUUAAUAAGAAGGCUGGAAUCUUCUCAAUGUCUGAUAGACUUGAUGGGAGAUUCAGAGGCAGACUGCUACUGAGCAAUAAAACUGGAGAUCUCACCAUCACAAACACCAGAAUCACAGACACUGGACUUUAUAAACUACAGAUCAGUGGAGCUAAAAUGUCAUCAGAAACAUUCAGUGUUACUGUCUAUGCUCAUCUGCCCGUUCCUGUGAUCACCAGUAACUCUUCUCAAUGUUCUUCAAGCUCUAAAUGUGUGUUGGUGUGUUCAGUGGUGAAUGUGACACAGGUGACUCUCUCCUGGUACAAAGGAAACAGUUUAUUCUCCUCCAUCAGUGUGUCUGAUCUCAACAGCAGUCUCUCUCUACCUCUGGAGGUGGAAUAUCAGGAGAACAACAUCUACAGCUGUGUGAUCAACAAUCCCAUCAGAAACCAGACUAAACAUCUCAACAUUACUGAAGUCUGUCAGCCGUGUUCAGAUCUGGACUCAUCUUUGGUUUAUAUAGAGCUGAUUUCUGCUGCUGCCGGAUCUCUGUUGAUUGUGGCUGCAGUUGUGAUAUUCUGCAUCUACAGGAAACACAAAAAAACACAUCAAGACGUCCAGACACUUGAAGAAGAGAUAACUUAUGCUGAUCCAACAUUCUGUACAGGAAAUGCACAUCACUUGAAAGCUGAAGAAGAGAGUGAGGUGGAGUACGCUGGUGUCUUCAUGAGAAGAUAAAAUACUCUAAUAAAUCACACCCAAAAUAAACCACAAAACCAUGCUUUCUCUCAACAGUAUUUCAGCUUUCCUGAAUUCUCAUUACCCCUUUAUUCUUACCUGCCAACAGGAGAGAAGCACUUUCAAUGGCAGUAUCCUGUAUAUAUCCCAGUCAUUUCAAGAGAACUUUCAUUAUAUGUUUUUCUAUUGUAGGCUAACACUUAAAAAAAAAAAAAACUUCAAAUCUGUGUUUAAUGUUACAUUUGAGCUUACUUCAUCUUACAUCAGUGGAUCCAUCCAUUGGCUGAAAGAACUUGUAAUAAGUACUCUAUGCAGUAGUGGUGGUGAUAUUGAUUAAUCUCAGUGAUGAGUCUUUUUAAUCUGUUCAUCAAAAAGAUUUGUUCAGAUUAGUUCAAUGAUUUGUUCAUUGACCAUUUCUGCAAAUUACUCUUUUUCACCAGUAGGUAGCACAAAAUGACUAUUUUUAACAGUUUAAACGAGGAAAUAGCAAAAUUAUUCACGAUCGGAAAAAGUCUAAUUAUUAUUUAUUAAAAUUUGCGUCUCAACACUUCUACUAAGAGACUUCAGCACUGCAGAGAGUUUAAGCAUCAUAAGCGUUUCCCCACAAAUGUCAACAAAACAUAUCUAUCAUACUGUGAACUACUAAGUAUUACUUUUUAUCAAGCUAUACAAAAAAGACAAUACUAGCCUAAAAUAUAAUUAUGAGUUUCAAUAAAGUCCGGGUGCCAUUGUAAUAAAUUAUUUAUCACUCUUGUUGAACGAGAUUGCCGAAUUGAACAAACCACUUGCCUCCUCUUGUUUAGUCAUUCAGCAGAUCCUCGUUAACGAUGACUGAUUCAUGCAUUUUGUUUGUGAACAAGU